AUGGCAGAGGAAGCAGCAGAAACCAUUGUGAAAGUGAGGACAAUGUGUAUGGUAAAACCGACCAUCCCACCCCCAACGCAAACAAUGUUCCUCUCCAAUCUUGAUCUUUUUUGGAUAGGCGUCGAUAAAGUUCAAAGCCUUUUCUUCUACAAACUCUCUCCUUUAAUCAAAUACCCUUCAGUAAUACAAGGUCUAAAGAAAAGCCUCCCUUCGAUUCUGGUGUAUUUCUAUCCUCUAGCUGGUCGCCUGAUAACAGGAGAAUGGGGCAGAACAGAGGUUGAUUUGACUGACGGAGGAGUGGUAUUUAAGGAGGCCUCGGCCAGUGUACAGUUUGAAGACAUGGAAAAAGACGGGUUUCGGCGUAAGCCCUUUUUCGAAAAGCUUGCCCCAGAGGUCGAUCUCUCUGCAGAUGAAAACCAUAGUAAACCGCUUCUGUCGAUACAGGUCACAGCAUUUGAGGGGAGCGGGAUUUGCAUCGGAACCACCGUUCAUCACUUUGUAGCGGAUGUGAAUUCUUUCCACUAUUUCAUGAAAUCGUGGGCAGAGUGUAGCAGAGGCCAUCCCAUUGCGAAACCUCCUCAGCACGACAGAACAGUCUUCAAACGAGAAAGUAAGAUCUCCCCAUCGAUUUCCCACAUAGCCCACGAUAUCACAAGCAGUGGGGAAAGACAGGCCAAGCUUUUCAAGUUUGUACCUGGCGAUUCACAGUCACAGCACAAAAACACAUCUGGUUUCGAGAACGAGGUAAAAAGCGAAGACUCUCUUCAGAAAAGGAGCGAUCUGAUAUACUCGACGUUUUGUUUUACGGAAGAGAUAAUACAAGAGCUGAAACAACAAAGCAGAGCUUCGAGCUCUUUUGUUGCAGUGGCUGCUCAGUAUUGGAGAUGCGUAAUUAGAGCUCGUGAGUUACCGCAGGAAGAGGCCGUUUUCUUCGGAUUGUUGGCUGAUUGCAGGGGACGUGUUAAGCCCCCUCUUCUUCCAACUUAUUUUGGAAACUGUGUCUCUCCAGGUUUGGCGAAGACUAGAGCCCACACGCUCAUCAAUGCCGACAUCUCCUUCGCUGCUGAUGUUAUCCAGCAACUCAUCAGUUCCUCCACCGAGGAAGCCCAUAUCAAUCAUCUGAUUGACUGGGUUGAAUCCUGUAACAGACAUCUUUUGAGAGAAGCCGGUUGGAAAUACGGAACGGGGGCCGUGAGCUCUCCAAGGUUUCCAUUGUACGACACGGACCAUGGAUGGGGGAAGCCUGCGGAUGUGCAGAGAGGAGACGAUUGUGAUAUUGGAAGCAUGGUUUUGUCACCUCCAAAAGAUGGAGGAAAAAGCAUCAUGGUCUCAACCUGCCUUCCUCAACACCAGAUGGACCUCUUACAUCGCCUUCUGUUUCCAGGUACACUGGAAAUUUAA